AUUGGCUUAAUAUUGCUACAUAACUUAACGUUUAUUAGACAGCGAUUUACGAACAAACAAAAAUGCCCGAGUAGUACCGGUAAAGUUAACGUAGCUAGCCUGAUGUUACCUAGCUAGCUAACAUGGAAGUGAAUUUGACAGGUGAAGGGUGAGGACGGUUGGCAACGAUUAGUCUCAUUGGCGCUACGUUGUAACGUUAAUGUAUUGACAACAAGAGGUAGCGGUUGCGAUAAUGGUAAUGACAGCUUGCGAAAUCGCAUGAUUUCAUUGGGCGACGUGACCUAAGGGCAUGCGCACUUCCUAGUUCGCUUCCCUGGCUGCUUUUGUUUUGGAAAUGAGUACAAUGUGUUGCAUAGCUAGCUAUCAGUGCCCAAUGACAAACUAAAUUGAAGACAUACAAGAAAUGGGUAAUUCUACGGUAGAAAAGGCGACUGGACACUUUGGUAAAUGGUCAUGCAUGUGGUUGGGGCUGUAGUCUGCACCGCGUAGAGCAGAACCCGGCCUGGUGCUACCGCUGCUGCCACCGCUUCCGCCCCGGUCCGGCCCGAGCUCCAUGUUCCCUAUGCUAACCCUUCUGAGCAUGUUUUACUACAUAUGUCUGCGGCGCCGGUCCAGGAGCGGGACCCGGGGCGAGGUCCUGAACAGCCGGAGGGCCAUGGAGUCCAACCAGAGGUCCCUGCCUCUGAGUGUGGAGGUGGAGCAGUAUGCUAAGGAGGUGCUGGACUUCAGCUCGCACUACGGCAGCGAGAACAGCAUGUCCUACACCAUGUGGAACCUGGCGGGCAUGCCCAACGUCUUCCCCAGCUCCGGCGACUUCACGCAGACGGCCGUCUUCCGCAUGUACGGGACGUGGUGGGAGCAGUGCGCCAGCGCGCCCCUGCCCUUCCGCCGGACCCCCCUGUCCUUCCACAGCCAGGACUACAUCGAGCUGGCCUUCGAGGAGCCCGUGUACCCCACCGCCAUCGAGGUGCUGGAGACCUACCACCCCGGAGCCAUCAUCCAGAUCCUAGCCUGCUCGCUGAAUCCCUUCUCCCAGAACCCACCCGCUGACGUCAGGUGGGAGGUCCUGUGGACGGGGCAGCCCUCCAAGGCUCUGACCCCCCAGGCACGGCAGUUCUCCCCCAGCCUCAAGCAGAUCAACUUCCCCACCAACCUGAUCCGGCUGGAGGUGAACAGCUCCCUGCUGGAGUACUACACGGAGCUGGACGCGGUCAUCCUGCGGGGGGUGAAGCAGAGGCCCGUGCUGUCCCUCUAUAAGAUGCCCCUGAUCGACAUCAUCGACCUGAGCGACAGCGAGGAGGAGCGGGAGGCAGCCGAGGACGCGAGCAGUAGCAAGAGCAGCUCAGGAAACGGCUACUUCAACAAACUGCCCUAUGAGCUGAUCCAGCUAAUCGUGAGUCACCUGACCCUGCCAGACCUGUGCCGAUUGGCUCAGAGCUGCAAGUUGCUCCAGCAGCACUGCUGCGAUCCACUGCAGUACAUCCAGCUGAGUCUGCAGCCGUACUGGGCCCGUCUGACUGAUACCUCACUGGGAUACCUCCAGAACCGCUGCACCCUGAUCCAGAGGCUCAAUCUGUCAUGGACCGGCAACCGCGGGGCUGUCACCCCUACCGGCUUCUGCAGCUUUGUGAAGGCGUGUGGCGCAGGGCUGGUGUGUUUGGAGCUGUCGUGCUGUCACUUCCUCACUGAGGGCUGCAUGGAGGUGAUCGCCCAGACCUGCCCCGCCCUGCAGGAGCUCAACCUGUCCUCCUGCGACCGGCUGCACCCCCAGGCCUUCUCCCACAUCGCCCAGCUGACCUCCCUACGCCGACUCAUACUCUACCGCACCAAGAUAGAGCAGCAAACAGCCCUGCUCAGCAUUGUGACCUUCUGUACUCAACUGCAGCAUCUAAACCUGGGGAGCUGUGUGAUGAUGGAGGACUACGACGUGGUGGCGAGCAUGCUGGCGGUGCGCUGCCGCUUGCUGCGCUCUCUGGACCUGUGGCGCUGUAAGAACCUGACGGAGCGGGGCCUGACGGAGCUGGUGAGCGGCUGCAGGCUGCUGGAGGAGCUGGACCUGGGCUGGUGCUCCACGCUGCAGAGCAGCUCCGGCUGCUUCGCCCAGCUGGCCCGCCGCCUGCCCCGGCUCCGCAAGCUCUUCCUCACCGCCAACCGCACCGUCUGCGACUCGGACAUCGAGGAGCUGGCCGCGCACUGCCCCGCCCUGCAGCACCUCGACAUCCUGGGCACGCGGAUGGUCAGCUCGGGGUCCUUGCGGAAGCUGCUGCGCUCCUGCUCCCAGCUGCUCCUGCUGGACGUGUCCUUCUGCUCACAGAUCGAUGCUCGGACCGUGCAGGAGCUCAGCGGCCUGUUUCCCGCCGUCUCCAUCAAGAAGAGCUUCACCCAGUGAGCGCAGCGCCGCGGGAAGGCCAGGAGGGGGUGCUCCGACGCCCGAGUCAGGCUCCCUACCACGACCGCGAUCGACAUCGACCAGGGUCCGGCGACAGACCCGCUUUGGCUGAGACUGGGGUUCGGGGUCGGCCAUUAACAGAUGCAGACAAGGAGCGACGGCUGGGAGACUCGACUCACCACUUCAUUUACCGCAAACACGACUACCACAGUUUGCUUCUUUACCAUACUUUACAGAUUGACUUCUAUGUGGAUCUGAAUCUCAGGGUUGUUUUUACUUUCCUUGUUUUGUUUUUUUCUUACCAAGAGCAGAUAGACUCAUCCGCUCUGCCUUUCAGAGAGAAGAACCUGUCAGAGUCUAUCUGUGACACUGAUCUUUUCCAGCUUUUUUUUUAAUGUGAUGCAGACCUUGGAAUUCAGAUCAUGGUCCGAUUAUGAUCAUUUCAGUUCAAUGUUUAAGCACUGAUGUUAAAUGUGGAGAAAAAAUAUAAUUUACUUAAUGGGUGUGAAUGAUAUGAUACACAUUGCUCUAAUGUUUAUUAUUUAUUAAUCUUGUAAUGGCUUCUUGCACACGUACCGGUAUGUAGAGAAUCGGGGGUGCGAAUCCUACUGUGACCCGCUGUUAUGACGUGUACUGUGCCUUAUAUUUCUGACAGAAUGUUGUGUAGUUUUGCUGUUUGCUUGUAGUCGUAAUUACACAGUGACGAGUUUGCCCUGCACUCUACCAAAGCAAUAGGCACACUUCUGAGAAAGCCUCAUUUACAAAGAAAUACAGGGCAGUCUAUAAGUAUUUGGGCAGUGGUAGAAUUUCAGUUUUUUGGCUGUGUGUGGAUUUGAAAUGAAACAGUCAAUCAGAGGUUAGUUCAGACGGUCACCUUUCAUUUCAGGGUAUUUUCAUCCAUAUGUGUGUAGGAAUUACAUAGCUUUUCAGAUAGAGUCCCCCCAUUUUCAGGGACCAAAAGUAAUUGGACAGUUUGCUUCUCAGAUUCGUCAGGUGUAUUCAAUCACUUCCUUGAAAGUUUGAGUAUCUAGUCUUGAUUCUUGGCUUUUGAUCGCCUUUGUAGUCUAUUAUUGGUGUUUGACCAUAAUUGUGCCAAUGACAGUCAAGGAAGCUAUUAUGAGGUUGUAAAAUAUAAGUCAGACACGAAGGCCAGACAACUUUAACCUCUUAUUCAUCGUUUCAUUUCAAAUUCAAUGUGCUAGAGGACAGAGCCAAAAGAACAGAAAGUGUAUCACUGUCCAAAUACUUACGGACUGCACUUUAUAUUGUGCUAUCACCAUAUGAUCCAGUGUCACUGACUGCCUAUGCAGGAGAUAAUAUUGUUAAAAAUUCAGCUGUUUAUAAAGAAUAUACGGUAAAAAAACACAUAAAUCCUACCUGUGGCCAGUGGGCCCUCUUCAUGAGCAGGUUGUCGUUUCAAAGGUAAACUGCAUUGCAUUGGAGUGAUGGGAGUUUAUUUCCUCAGGUAUGUAUAUUAAUACACACAUACACAUAGUCAGGCACAUGCAUACACAGACACACACACUCACACAGAGGAUCAGUAAACACGCACACACAUCUUAACUUGUCCCUUAGCCGAGGGGUAUAAAACUACAAAAAACUACAUUAAAACCUUUUGUUUUUAUUAUUGGAUCAAAGUGCUUUGAUUUUAAGUAAGCAACAUGUCUUCUUUAUAUUAUAUUUGCUAUGGCAAUGAUUGUAAUUUCUCCUCCUGUGUUUUUGUUUUGGAUGUGUGAAAAUCCUCUGUGCCAUGUGUAGGUCAGGAAGUGAUGUAAUUCAACCUCAGUUAAAAAGUCAGAAAUGAGAGUGAGCUCCAGUCACUGCAGACCGAUAGCCAUGGAGAAGCAUUUAAUGACGGGAGGGAAAGGUUGUUGGUUUUAAUAAAGUGGAGGCUGGCAGUUGUCUCAGUAUCGCAGGUUA